GUUGGCAGGAGAGUCUGAUGAGGAGGUGUUGAAAGUGGAAAUGGUACCAGCAGCUGAAUUUCUACUCUUGUCUGGGAAGAACAUAUUACUGAUAGCGCAGGAGCUCCGUAUUCACCCAGAUAAUCAGUACCACAAGGAAGAGCUAAUCAUCACAGCUCAGAAGAUCUUGGUGGGAACAGCAAAGAUCCUCCUCAUUGAGGAUGAUGCUGUAAUGAGGAAGAUCAUCCAAGCAGCUUGCUGGUGUCUGAACUGCCUUGAGGCCCUAGAGGCCGCAGAAGAUGUCUCUACCAUACAAGCUUUCUUCCAGAAUUUCUCUGAAGGUCUGCUUUUUCUGAACACCCUGACUGAACACCGCCUGCUGGAACUGAAGAGGUCAGUUCAUCGUGACCGUCUGGCCCAGUGCUUGCAGUUCUUGAAGAAGUGUAUCCCUCUGCUCUACACCAUCACAAGUGGCCAUUUCAGUCAUCCCCAGAACCAGCAGGUGAGAGAGUCUAAGAGCUACAUUUUUGAUCUGACCAAGAAAACCCUAGAGGAACUGAUUGCCCUGUUAAAUGCAGAACGUAACCCACAGAAGGACCCACAGGAAAGAAGUGGGGUGUUCUCUCAGAACUUGGAGCAGCUCCUGCUGCUGCUAGCUGAGCCAACACUAGAAAAUGUCCUUCAGGGGGACCUAGAUUCCCUCUUAGGAGCAAUGGUAUUUCAUAGCAUGCUCCUAGCUGGAUCUUCCAGAUCUCACAUGAAGCUGAAGCUAGUCCAAUGCUGUCACUCUCUGUUGGAGCUUAGAAAGAUGGCUGUCCAGUGCCUGAGCAGGAUGGAGAUUCUGUCUUUAGUGAACUGUUCACAUCAGGAUUUCAGGGAAAAAUGGGCCAUGCUGAGGUGUGAGGUGCAGACUCUUGACCAAACCAUGCAGACUGGGCUCCUCUACCAGAUCCUGGACACUUUCACAGAUGUUCAAGGACCUCUGAAAAGACUGAUUCAAGUUGCCUGGGGGACUACAGUGCUUGGCUCUUCCUGGGACAGUGAAGGGUUUGCCAAAAGCCUCCAGCCUUUCAUUGACGCUUUUUCCAUGCAUUCUGAAAAAAUGUUUAAAGUGGCUCAUUUGGUCUUGGUCCGUUGUACUCAGCAUCAAAUUGGUAAAGAAAUAGAGGAGACCAUGUCUAGCCUGCAAAAACUUGUGGUCAGAGUGCUUCCCCUUUGCACCAAGAGUCAAGAAGGGCUAGAUCUGGCCUGGCUUUCUGAUACCUUCCAGGAUGUGUAUCAGGCAUGGGUCUGGGCAGCAGAAGGCUUGUUGGCAUGUUUUGACAAUGUUUUCAAUAUCCCUGAAUUCUUGGCUGUGUCCAUUGAGGAAAUGGCAGAACAUAUGGGUUUCUCUGAAUUGGCUUUGAAUAGCGGAAAUUCCAAGGAAUUUUCCUGGCAUGUAGCUUAUCUUCAGGGUCGAGCUAAGCACAUAGUGCAAGUGAUGAACAGAUACAUGGACCAAAACCGAGAUCCCAUUUUUCGGAAUGGUUUGCGAGUUUUAAUUCAUCAACUGGAGAACUCUAUUCCAGUAAUGUCAACAGCUGCUGAACACUGUUUAGAAAACAGAGAUGAUACUCAAGCCAAGGAUAUGUUUUUCAACAAGGCCAAACUUCUUAUUGACUCUACUCAUAGUGUCCAAGAUGGUCUGGAUGGGAGCAACCAUCCAGAUAUCCUAAGCCCACUCCGAGACCAAAUCCACAAAUUCAUCACUCCCAAAGAACAACUAUGCCUUACUCCUCACAGCCUCCUAGAGUUCAGCAGCCUAGAACUCAUGGGCAAGCUCAUUGGAGGGUCUAGGGUAGUAGAAGAAUUCUCAAACACCUCAUAUGAUCCUGAGGAAUGUCAUUCUAGGGACAUCCCCACACUCAACCUCAUGGUUCCUAAGAUCGUUCCACAGGGUAUAACACUACCUGUCAUUAACAAACUUGUCCUGGCUGUAAAGAAUCAUGACCUCCCAGAAAUCAGUUCUGCUUGCACAGAAUUGCUGGACCUUGCCAAUUGUACUGAAGCUGCUCAAGAGGCCUUGGUGGGGGGAAAGUCAUCAGAGUCAGAGGGGAUAGUACAGACACAAGACAUCAUCUCCUUAACGCCUUAUACAAUUGGCUUAGCUAAAGAAAUUGCAAAUGAGCCAGCCUCCAAUACAGGAAGACUGCUUGCAGCAGCUCUCCAGCUGUCUGAAAAGAUUGCUGAAACCCACCAAAAUUUAGCAGCUAUAGCAGGUGACUGGUUCCACCUUUCUCAGCAGUUGUUUUGUGGCAUCCAGAUUGCUGACCUUCCAAGGAAUGUGCAGGUUUUCAGUGAAGUCAGGCAGAACAUAAUGGAUGUGGCUCAGCUAGCAGACAAAGCUGGACAGAUGCAUUUGAAUAAAGAGCCCACUCUGUCGAUCCAGAAUCCAGAGCAAUUGCUACAGAUUCAAGCUAAACUUCAGAAAGUGGAGACUCUUGCCCGGUACUUACUAGACAAGGUGUUAGACUCAAAUGGUCUGCAGUGUCCUAAGACCAGGGAAACAAGCAUCAAGGAAAGUUGCCUCCUAUGGUCUGUGGCUGUCCAAGCCUUGCUAAGGGGCAUCGAUGGCGUCAUUGGGAGAGAUAUCCUGUUCCUAACUGAGCUGAGGCAAGUGAUGAAGGACAAGCUGGGUUUGCAGGGUGGGUUGGCCCCACUGGCUAGCACUUCUCUGAGGUUACAGGAAGCUGCGAGACUGUCUGCUUUGUUGUGUGGUGAUGAGGGAGUGAAGGGGGAGGUGGUCUCGCUGCUUGGGGAGGUCCAUGUGCUGACAGAAGCUCUGCUAGAGGUGGCCCAGAUCCUUGCCCUUUCUCCUCCUUUGGUACCCAAUUUGUCCAUUCGUUUCGAACUACUCCAACGGGAGCUUGCCCUUCAAGCCAAGGUCCUGGCAGCCUAUCUCAGCAGCAUCAACAAAGACUAUGAAAGGACCAUACAGGAUACCAUUCAGCUAGUGCUUUCUGCUUCCAGUGCUUCCAAAGAUGACAAGACAAAGUUCAAAGUUGCUCUGGGAAAGAAUAUGACCCAGAUCACGUCUGGCAUCCAGACAGUUCAGAAAGUUGUGGAGGAAGGCUUAGAGUCUGGUCCUGGCCAGGAAAGACUCCUCAGAGUAAUGGAGCACCUCAUCCUCCUUACUGCUGAGGUUGAACAGAAAGCUCACAUGCUCCUGGAACACCCUCAGGACAAGGUAGCUGGGAUGCUAGAAAGUCUUCGGUGGGAGUGGGCAGCUGAGGCUCAUUAUGUGGCAGCCCAGCUCCAGAUGUGGAGAGGCAGCCAUGCCUCACCCCUGCCACUCCUAGCCUGGGACUUGCAGACCAGUGGUGUGUCAGUUGGGAUUCCAAGUGAGGAUCCUGACCUGACCCUGCCCAGUCAGGGAGAGGAUCUCACAGCAGCAGAAGUGGACAAUACAGUAUGUCAGGUCACACCUUCAAGAGUAAUCUCGGAUGCAGCUAGUUCAGAGGAGUCAUGCCCUGACUUGAAAGAUGCUGCUGCUAUGGCAGUUUCCAGGAAGAAACUGGGCAAGCUAGCUAGCAAGUCCCAUGGUGCCUCUCCUUGUUGUCCAACUGUGUCAACCCCUGACCUAGACCAUCCAUUCCUGAAGGAUGAUGCCAUGGAUAAGUGGAGGUACAGCAGCAACAGAAUUGAACAGCUCACCAGAGAAAUGGCCGCAGAAGUGUUUCACAUGGCACAGAGUCUGAAGAGGAAAGGACCCAUAAUGACCAAAGACCAGUUAAUUGCCUCUGCAAAGAAAACAGCCGCUUCUGGACACAUGUUUGUUAAAUUCAUCCGUCUUGUUGCUAAGAACUGCCUGGAUCAGAGAUGUGCAGAUGAACUCUUGUGUGUGUUGGAGCAAAUUCAGACAAUGAGUAACCAGCUCAACAUCAUUUCCAG